AUGGCUUUCUCCCCUGGAAUGCCUGUGUUCCCCGCCAGCCCCGACCGCGGCGGUGCUAUGAAGUCGCUAUAUGGCGACUCUGCAAGUGCAUCACCCGUCAUGUCUCCAUCAACACCGCCACUCCGCACGCACUCACCGCUACGACACACCCACCGUCGAACCGAUUCGGACGUCUCCGUCACAGCUCUCACCGGCAUGUUUGAGAAUCUCGAAGUUAAGGACCCAAGAGAAGCGUCCAGACGCUUCAAGGAAUUGCUAGAAAAGGAAAGGGCAAGAAAUGCAGAGAAGCUGGCCAAGGUUGAAAAGGAGCAUGCGAAAAAGGAAAAGGAGCAUGCGAAAAAGGAGAAGGAGCACGAAAUGGCCAUUAGCCGGCGCGACAUUCGCAUUGAAGAGCUGAAGAGCGAACUUGAGCAUGCUAGUGGCUCGCUCGAGGUUGCCAUCACAAAGGAACGCUACGAGAAAGAACGCAAGGCGAACAAAGCUGCCAUUAACCAAUGGGAGACUGUGUUCAAACAAAAUGAAGAGCGAUGGAAGGGCAUGCAGCACAAGAUGAUUGAAGCAGAGAACCAGAGCAGGGUCUUCGAAGGCAAAUACAAAAGCUACAAAAAGCAAUGGAUCGAGGCGAACAACGAUAAGCUCCGGCAUUCAUCUAUGAUCCCACAGCUCCAGUCAAAGAUUCAAACCCUUCAGCGUAAUCUGCAACGGGCUGAAUCAGAUGUCAAAUUCAAGACUGAGGAAGCUACCAAAUACAAGAACGAUGUCUACAGCUUACAGGUUGAAGUUGAAAGCACCAACACUCGUCUGAGCGAAGAGUUGCAGGCACUCAAGGAAAAGUUGAGCCUGGUUGAGGCAGAACGCGAUGCUCUCAAGACCAGUCUCAAAGAGGAAGAGGUCUUGCGUAUUGCUGCCGAGGGUCAGAUACCGCUACCCUCCGCCGAGGAUGACGAACGCGACGAAUUUGCCUCACCAGUCCGAUCCCCACGCAAGCCACACAACAGCUCUCGUCAGGACGAUGACAAAGAAAACGUCUCGCCGAAGAAGGGUGCAGUCGAGCUGAGGUUCAUCCAACAAGAGCUGGCUGCAGAGAAGCGCGCCCGCGAGCGUGCUGAGGAGCAGAUUGACUACAUGAAGAUGGAAUGUCAGUUCCAGUGCUGCUCAUGCCGAAUUGCCGAGACCAGGGGCAAGCAAUUCGUUCACGAUGACUCUCUCCAAGCCGAAAUGCAGCGGAUCAAGUCAACGUUUACACCUCCAGCUAGCAACCACGAAGACGACGUCAUGGAAGAUGUAGUCAUGAAGCAAGAGUCUGUUGAAGCUGAGCGUCCUACCACGCCUGUGGCUGAACAACCCGCUCAAGAGCCAGACACUGUUGUUGCUUUCUCACCAGUCACUGGUACUUUCCGCUCCGUGCCUUCCCCCGUCAAAGCACAGUUAGCAGCCGUCCUGCCCGAGCCAUCACCUGUAGUGGAGAUGAGUGAAGCACCGCCAAUGGACCUUGAGACGAGAGCCAUGCCGCCUCCUGCUCAGGUCUCUCUUCCAGAGUCUCGUCCAGCGUCUCGUGUAGCUUUUGUGCGAGAGAGCCGCAAGGGCAAGUCAGCAGAUAUCAACAUUCAUGAGGAUGCUGUUGAGGACAGUGACGACGACGAUGCGUCCCCACCAACUCAAGAACCCGAGCCUGCCGCUCCCGUUACGCCCUAUCUUACCCGCACCAUUACUACUACAACCACCAUCCCACUGCACUUCUCACCUGCUACCCCAGCGUUCAAGGCAGGCCGAGGCCCUAUGACACCCUCGACGGUCGCCCACGCUGCGGCGGAUGCCCAGACACCUGCCUUGAGCGAGCUGUCAUUGAACAAGCUGGGUAUUGACCGUGAGGCUGCUCUUGCCGCCAUCCGUGAACGACGCGGCCGCGCUAAGAGCAUGGCUGCUGGCCAAGGGACGCCAAUGAAGCAGAUGUUUGAGGGAGUGAAGGACCGGAGAGACAUCAGUGCCCCCAUCCCAAGGGUACGGAGUGUGUCAAGGAUGCGGAGCGUGUCAAGGGCACAAAAAUGA